CUCGCUCACACUAGCUAGCUUGCUCGCCGCUUUCCCAAUCCCCCUGCCCUCUGUCACCGCCCUCCCAAUCCCUCUGCCCUCUGUCGCCGCCCUCUCCCUCUCGUCGUCGCCGCACUCCCACUCUUCUCGUCGCCGCCCACUCCCUCUCCCCGUCGCCGGUCGAGAUGGGCUGCUUUGGAUGCUUCGCCCCAGCGGCGCGCCGAGGGGCCGGCGACCUCAAGCCCUCCAAGCUCACCCACCACUGCACCGACGACGACUCAUGUCAUCUUCUUGACUGAUUUCUGCCCGUCCCCUCCCCGCCUUGCUGCUGCCUGGUGCAAAGCACUCUUCUUUGUUUUGAUUCUUUCUUAUCCGUGUUGUGUUGUUGGGUCUUGGAGUAGUCGCAGACGCGCAGAGGAAGGUGGCGCUGGACGUGGGGAGCGGCUGCGCGCACAGCUUCACCUUCAAGGAUCUGCUGGUGGCCACCGGCUACUUCAACGAGGCCAAUUUCAUCGGCGAGGGCGGCUUCGGCAAGGUGUACAAGGGCAAGAUCUCAAAGACCAACUCGCAGGGCGCUUCCGAUGCGCAGAUGGUGGCGGUGAAGCAGUUGGCCCGGGAGAGUGUGCAGGGAAGAAGGAGUUCCUGGUGGAGGUGCUGAUGCUCACGGUGCUCAGCCACCCCAACCUCGCCAUCCUCGUCGGCUUCUGCGUGCAGGGGGGUGAGUGGCUGCUGGUCUACGAGUACAUGCCCUUCGGCAGCCUGGAGAGCCACCUCUUUGGUAAUUCUUCUUCUCAGAAUUCUUCAGACUUGCUCUCUGUUUUUGGUUCAGUUCAUCUCUGCAAUGCAGUUAAUAUCCAUGUUGAUAUGUAAGUAUUGGCUAUCCUUCAUAAUGUGUGUGUUAUGGUACAGUUCAGUUUGUGUGGUAAACCUUCGCACUACCGGCACGCGCUCUCGAAAGUAAUUCGUGUCGGUUUGGGAAAUCAAAGGGGAAAAGAAAUGAAUCAUAGAAGAAGCCAUCUAUGGUUCCCCUUUCUCAGUUCUGGGAAAGAGAUUUUGGAGAAAGGGGAGCUCCAAGUUUCUGGCAAGGAGAGGGGUGCGCAACUGUCCGUGCAGUUCCGGGACAUCGCCACCAUCGUCAUGGAGAAGACUAUCGAUCCUGAGACCCGGUGCCCCUACACCAUGAACAUGAUCGAGCACCUCAUGCACGACAUACACUUUACGGUCGAUCCAAACAUCACCUCCAAGGAACAGGAGCAAAAAGGAGUAGCCGACGGCUGACCUCGAGCUCUCGAUUGGAGUGGAGGGAGGCGGUCGGCGAGGGAUUUGCGGCCAGCGGGGAAGGAUCCUAGGGAAGGGAGCAGGCAGCCGAUGGGGAAAGGCGACUACCGGCGAGGGAGCUUCUGAUCGCGGCGGGGAAGAGCGACCAAAGAGGGGAUCUGGCUCUCGAUUGGAGCGGCGCAGGCAGCCGACGGGGAAGGACGACGGAGAUGCGGACGGCAGAGGAGCCUGGCGAAGGGGAGGAGUGAAGGAGUCCUCCGCCUGCCAAAGGGGAGGAGCGACGGAGUCCUGGCGGAGGGAAGGAGCGAUGGAGAAAGACGACGACCUGAGCGCGAUUUCCAGUCGGGGGCAGUUUUGUAAUUUCACUAGUUUUCACCUAGUCGGAAAAGACCUCGCAGCGACAAUUAUUUCGAAACGGAGGGAGUAGAAGCCCGUAGCAACCACAUAAAACUUGAACAACAAAGUAGAGGACGUCUAACUUGUUUUUGCAGGGCAUGUUGUGAUGUGAUAUGGUCAAGAUAUGAUGUGAUAUACGUUAUUGUAUGA